UCUUGGCUUAUACAUACGCAAUCUGGGAUAAUUAUUGACAUCAAUAUUUCGGCAGAAACUUGCCACCUGAUUACGGUCGUAUCCAAGCAGCAGAGGAAACAAACAAACCGGAGACCUCUUGUCCUUAGGCAUUUCAAGGAGCGAAAGAUGGCCUCAAACUCAACCUUCACCCCUACAUCUCUAACCCUGACCUCCAAAAUCCCCCGAAAUGAGAACACGGUAACGCCAGGGCCCAAUGAAGAAUACAACACGGUGCUGAUCGUCAUCUACACGCUGGUUCUGCUCAUUGGCGCCACCAGCCUGAGUCUGACAAUACUCAUCAUAAAGUUCAGGACGGCGUCCACCACGUCCAUCGCGGUGCUCAAUCUUGUCUUCGCCCACUUCCUGUUCCUCCUCACCGUGCCGUUCCGGAUCUAUUAUUACGCGACUCAGCAAUGGAGCCUCGGCUUAGGCUGGUGCAAAGUGGUCAGCAGCAUGAUCCACAUCCACAUGUACAUGUCUUUCAGCCUCUACGUGGUCAUCCUGGUCACGCGCCUGCUGGCGUUCUACGGCAGGCGUGGGCCGAUGGCGUCCCCGCCGAGGAUUUGCGCACUGGCUGCCAGCGUCGUGGUGUGGAUUCUGGUGUUUGUCUGCGUCAUUUGCAUCAUCUGUUUCGUUUACGGUAAAAAUACAGACUCUGACAGCUUGGCUCACUGCUUCAGAUUUGGCAAAAAGAUAAACACCACUGCCAAGGUGAUCAACUACAUCAUCAGUACUUUGUUCAUAACGGUCACCAUCGUGCUCUGCGGCCUCCAAGUCAACAUCCUGUGGCUUUUAUACAGGAAGCACCACCAGUUUUGCACUUCCCAGCAGGACUUUGGCGCUCAGCUGAAGAGCCUGUGCUUCGUCAUCAUCAUGGUGGUGUGCUUCAUCCCCUACCACAUAUUUCGAUUCUAUUACUUGGAGAACCUUAGGCUGCAGGAUUUUAAUGAGCUGUUUCUGAGUUUGACCACCUUUAACUGUUUGGACAUGCUCACCCUGUUGGGAAGGAGGACAUGCUCCUUGUGCUUGCCGGCAAGGGCAAUUUAAACCAUUUACUCAGUUGGUCCAAAUACGACCACUCUUUCUUGGCACCUUAUCCCCACAUUCGGUUUAUAAAUCCUAACUUUUUUCCAGCAGGUCUCUAUGUUGUGGCUGCGUCUGUGUUGACAUCAAGAAAAGCUCUAUCUUGCUUUUUCCAUGUAUAAUAAUUAUGAUAAUGGUAACACUUUAGUGUGGGGAACAUAUUCUAAGUAACAGAGACUUAAUUUAGAGUUAUUUGGACACUAGGGGAACAGGUUAG